CCAAUUCAUGACAAAAAAUUCUUAACAACCCAAAAAUCUCCUGUUGCUAAAGUUUGCAACUUUAUUACCUUAACUUUCAAUUUCUUUGCUUUUCUCUCCUUUAAAAGUAUAGUGGAAGACAAAAUUAUGUACCCACCAAAAUAUUUGCUUCUCCUUUUUCUUCUUACAUUAACAUUCUUUAUAAGUUCCUGUUUUGGCACUUACCAAGAAAGCUCAAAUGCUAUUUUUUCUAGCUUUUCAAAGCUUACUAGGAAAAGAAGCUCUUCUUCAAGAGAAUCACCAAAAAUAGUAAAUGUAGAUGAUUUUGGAGCUAAAGCUAAUGGAAGAGAUGAUAGUGAGGCAUUUAAGAAAGCAUGGGAAGAGGCUUGUUCUUCUACACAAAGUGCUGUUCUUAUUGUACCUAAGGACAAGACUUAUAAUCUUAAGAGAGUUACAUUUUCAGGUCCUUGUAAUUCUGAUAUUAAAUUCAUGAUUUAUGGAACAUUAAAAGCUUCCAAUAAGAUGAGUGACUAUCAACAUGAUAGAAGACAUUGGCUUGUGUUUGAUAAUGUGGAAAGAUUGAGAGUUAAAGGUGGUGGCAUCAUCAAUGGCAAUGGAAAAGUUUGGUGGCAAAAUUCUUGUAAAAUCAACAAAAACAAGCCUUGCUCAGAUGCACCAACUGCUGUCACCUUCAAUGAGUGCAAGAAUUUGAUAGUAGCCAAUCUAUCAUUCAGAAAUUCACAACAAAUGCAUCUUACAUUUCAAAAAUGUAUUAAUGUUAGAGCUCUAAAUCUUAUGGUGACUGCACCAGGAAACAGCCCUAACACAGAUGGUAUUCAUGUCACUGGCACACAAAACAUUCGCAUAAGAAAUUCUGUCAUACGAACAGGUGAUGAUUGCAUAUCAAUAGUAAGCGGAUCAAAAAAUGUUGAAGCUACAGAUAUAACAUGUGGACCAGGACAUGGAAUAAGUAUCGGUAGCUUAGGAGCUGGUAAUUCAGAAGCAGAAGUUUCAAAUGUGUUAGUUAAUAGAGCAACACUUUCAGGAACCACUAAUGGAGCUAGAAUUAAGACUUGGCAGGGAGGGUCUGGAUAUGCAAAAAACAUAGUAUUUCAAAAUAUCGUAAUGAAAAAUGUGAGCAAUCCUAUAAUUAUCGAUCAAAACUAUUGUGAUCAAGACGAUCCAUGCUCAGAACAGAAAUCUGCAGUGCAAGUAAGCAAUAUAGUGUUCAGAGGCAUAAAAGGAACAAGUGCAUCAGAAGUAGCCAUUAAAUUUAAUUGCAGCAGAACCUUCCCUUGUCAACAAAUUUUAUUACAAGACAUAGUUCUAGGAAAUGAAGGAGAUGAAAGGGCCAAAGCUUCAUGUAGUAAUGUAUAUUUGGCACAUAGAGGGAGAGUUUCUCCUCAAUGCUCUUGACAAAGAUAAGAAAAAGAAGCACCCAUUGUUGUGGUGAUUGAUUCAACUUAAUUAGAUGUUAAAUUAUUUAUAAAUUUUUUUACUUUUUUAAUAAUUUUUUUAAUGUUUUAUGUCUUUGAAAUCACAUGGAAUAAAAAUUCCAAUGUAAAAUCAUGAAUUCAAUUGUAUGUUGUUAGCUUCAAUUUAUGAAGUUGAUCAAGUAAGAAUUCCCACCUUGUCUCA